AUGAGAAGCAGUCUCCGUGACGCCGGCGGCUUGUUGGCUGGUGCUUUUACUGCAAAGAAGGGUCCUAGGUAUCACAAAAUAGACUGGGAGGGAUCCGAUGAAUCAGACUAUACCAGCCGACAAGUUCCUUUAUCACGAAGUCUCGGACGCUGCCUGCCGUGCGGACUCGGUCGGUGGUCGCUCAAGACGGUCCUCGCCACGGUGGGCAGCCUCGUCAUCCUCACGCUCCUCGCCGUCGUCGGCACCCGACCCGUGGCGCCAACACCCCCGGCCGCCGAUGACACCGACCCGCACAACCGCCGGCUGCGCAUCAUCGUGCCGGCCGACGAGCCGGGCGCCAACCUCUGCAAGAUGCUUCUAUCAACAGUCGCCAACGGCUACCCGGCACCGCUCAUCAUCAACUGGGGCCGCGACUUCCACAAACAGGGCGGCUGGUUCGGCGGCUCGCACCUCGGCAAGAUCGACGGCACGCUCGACGCCCUCGAGGCCCUCGCCUCGGACGAGGAGGCUCCGCCCGCCGAGCGGCUGCGGCCCGACGAUCUCGUCCUCAUCGUCGACGCCUACGAUGUCUGGUUUCAGCUGCCGCCGCGCGUCCUCAUCGAGCGCUUCCUCGCCCAGAACGCCGCCGCCGACGCCCGCAUCCUCGCCGGCUGGUCACCCGACGCCCCCGACGCCAUCGCCGCCCCGACCCAGCGCGUCAUCGUGAGCACCCAGAAAAAAUGCUGGCCACGGCCCCGCGACGGCCACGAGACGCACUGCGACGUGCUGCCCGAGAGCACGGCCCGGGCCGACCUCUACGGACCGGAGACGGACAAGGGCGACCCCGACCGUGACGGGCACGCCCUGCACCGCACACGGCCACGAUACAUCAACAGCGGCGCCGUGCUCGGCCGUGCCGACGACGUGCUGCGCACGUUCCGGAGGGCCUACGCCAAGAUUCUCGGCCAGCAGGAGGUGUGGCGCACGAUGCAGCGCGAGCGUCAGGCUCUCGCCCUUCGCGGGGGGAGCCCUUUCAACGAGACGGCGAACUCUUCGUGCCGACCGUCUUCGAAGGAGGAUGACGGCGAGUACAUGGCCGUCAACGACGCGGCGCGCAUCAACGUCUCGAGCGAGGAGCGUGGCCUUUCGCCAGCGCGCAUUACGGGCCUGCCGUCUGACGUUGACAGCCUUGCGCCGCCCCUCGUGCACGCCGGCGUCGAGUUGGAGGAGCAGCACAGGGACGAGGCUGCACACUGGGACGCCGUACCCCUCUAUACCGACUAUUAUACCGGCCGCAUGCCCGUCGGCGUCCACCACAACGCGCAUCGCGACGGGAUGAAGGGUUGGCGGUUGAAGAUGUGGUGGGAUAAGAACUGGUUCCACCCUUUCCUGCGUGACAUUGUGGCCGCGCGCGAAGUCCGCCCCAUAAAGCUCGCCCCUCUGGCAGUGAUCAAGGCAACAAGCUCAUGGGCACGGGACGUCGUGUACUGGCCUCCUGCCUCCGACGCCGAGAGGAGGCGCCCUCGCAUCUUCGACCGUAAGACGUUGAGCCAGGGGCUCGAUGAGGCCGAGUGGCAUACCCUGUGUCGAAAGCAGGGAGAGAGGCCUUGGUGGGAUAUCAUUUUCGAUGACGACAGGGGACCUGAGGACCUCGGGCCCAAAAAAGCGGCGAAUUCUGUUAAGCCUGAGGUCGAGGUGAAGGAGCCAGGAGGAGGAACAAAAGCCGACGAGAAGCCCCAGGAUGAAGGGCAAGGCGAAAGGAAACCCACAGGCGAAGCUAUCAUCAAGAGAUAG